GUCGAUCAGAUCGUUGCGCGCCUUCAAGUCGGAAAGCUCUCUCACUCAAAAUACGUACUUGUUUCGUGACUUUUUUGUUUUCUAACUAAGAACUUGCUAUAUUAUUAUGAAAACUCAUCGAGUUAUAAUUUAACAUUCAUUGAAAGUAUAUUAUUGUAACUAAAUUUAAAUCAAAGACAAUGCCAUCAUGUUUUAAGUUUUCACGUUCCAUGUGGUCGUCACAACAAGUUGUUGCUUCUCAGAUGUUCAAAUUUGUUUGAAGGUGCUAACCAUACCGGGCCUAGGUGAAAAUGGACCAAUUACCAGUAGUAGGUUGCAUCCCAUGCAACGCAACAACAAAAUAUGUGCAACGAAUGUAGACAAAUAAUUUCUCAAGACAAAACAUCAAGAUGCCUCUUUUCGACGGGGUCAAUUUAAACAUCACCAACUACACGACAACACCGGGGAAAUUGGACAUAAUUGACAAAAAAGGCGUCCAAGUGCUAUUCUUCGUAGUGUACACUACGAUUUUUAUAGUAGGCCUGUUCGGCAACGUCUUAGUGUGUUUCGUAGUGUUCCGCAACAAGGCUAUGCAAACAGUGACGAAUUUGUUUAUAACGAAUUUGGCUUUAUCCGAUAUACUUUUGUGCGUUUUGGCCGUACCUUUUACGCCGCUGUAUACUUUGUUAGGCAAAUGGAUUUUCGGCAGUGUCAUUUGCCAUUUAGUGCCGUACGCGCAAGGAGCUAGUGUUUAUAUUUCUACGCUUACAUUGAUGUCAAUUGCUAUCGAUAGAUAUUUUGUGAUAAUCUACCCGUUUCAUCCCCGAAUGAAACUAUCCACCUGCGUCAUAAUAAUCAUCAUAAUCUGGGUGUUUGCUAUAGUAGUUACGAGUCCUUACGGCAUCUACAUGAAACACAUGAAAGACUCGGAAAAUAACGGACGAUAUUAUUGCGAGGAAAAUUGGCCCGUGGAACAAUGGCGAGCCGCUUUUGGUGCAAUUACUACCGCUCUACAAUUUCUCAUACCGUUUUUGAUUAUGGCUUACUGCUAUAUUUGUGUGUCGAUUAAACUGAAUGAUAGAGCUAGGUCAAAGCCAGGUUCAAAAAAUAGCCGAAAAGAAGAAGCUGACAGGGAAAGGAAACGUAGAACCAAUAGAAUGCUUAUAGCUAUGGUAGCUGUGUUUUUGUUAUCGUGGCUUCCACUCAACGUUGUCAAUAUUUUCAAUGAUUUCAACAAAGAUAUGAUCAAGUGGGAGUAUUAUUUUCUAAGUUUUUUCUUGGUCCAUCAGAUGGCAAUGUCGUCGACAUGUUACAACCCGUUCCUCUACGCAUGGCUGAACGAAAACUUCAGAAAGGAAUUCAAGCAAGUCCUUCCGUGUUUUGACGCUUCUAGUGGCCGAGCCCCGUCCACCAGUAGAUUUACCAAUUGGAGGUCAGAAAGGACUUGCAAUGGCAACAACGAAACGCAACAAGAAACACUUUUACCGUCGCAAAUACAUCGGUCAUCGUCGAUAAAGGAGAAGAAAUUGACUCCGUUGCAAUUGAAAAAUGACAAUGUUGAAAUGGAGAAUAUAAUGAUAAUGAAUCCGGCAGUUGAAUAUGACCCCGCUUUGGAAGUUGUGAGAUUGAAUUUGAUUACCGAGGAGGAUCCACCUCCUUAUAACGAGACCCACAAGACUACCCCUAGUUCCGAAUAAAUUGUAUUAAGUAUUAGAUUAGUCGUGAAUAAAAGAAGAGUGAAAAAUCCAUAGAUAUCGCUGCUAAACGUUGCAAAUUGUAUUUUAGAAACUAUGUGCAGUGCCAAUUCGAUGCUAUUAUUGUGUUGUAUGUAUAUAUUGAAUAUAAAUAUUAUUUAUAA